AUGUCACCCAAGCCAACCAUAGUCAUCGUGCCUGGCGCAUGGCAGUUCACCAGCGUCUUCGUCCCGUUCGCGGACCUCCUCAGGGGCCAGGGAUUCACCACGGAGAUCGUCGACAUGCCCAGUGUCGGCGGGACGGAGCUGCCACUCACAGGCCUGGACGAGGAUAUCAAGGCCGUGCGCGACGUGGUCCAGCCGCUGGUCGAGGCCGGGAAGGAGAUUGUACUGCUUACCCACUCGGCUGGUGGCGUGAGCGGCAGCGGUGCGGUGAAGGGUCUAGACGUCAAGACUCGCAAGGAAGCCGGCCUGGCUGGGGGCGUGGCCCGGGUCAUUUUCAUGGCAGCGUUCAUGGUGCCUAAGGGUAGCAGCUUGCUGGAGAUGCUGGGUGGGAAGCCGGCGCCUUGGAUGAUCGUGGAGGGCGACCGCGUGACCGGCGACCCGGAAGUGGUGCCGCAGCUCGGCCUCAGUGACCUUCCCCCAGAGGAGCGCGAGAGAUGGUGCAAGGAGAUGACCUACACCUCUGCUGCCCUCUUCGCCGGCACCAGCCAGUAUGAGCCUUGGAAGGACGGAGUCCCGUGUGCUUACAUCUACACAGAGGAUGACGGCGCCCUGCCGUAUCCGCUUCAGCAGCAGAUGGCGGCCCAGCUCGACCCCGAGGCGCCCAAGAUCCUUAUCAAGGCUAACCACUGCCCCUACUUGAGCGUGCCGAAAGAGUUAUUGGCCGCUGUUGAGACAAUCGUGGCUGCUUAA